AUGGUUCACGCUAAUGACCCUUCUGGUGGAUAUCCACCGAAGAAGGCACAAGACAGAGAGAGAAAAGCUUUUGGCGAAAUUGAGGAAGAAGAAAGUGAAGAGACUACAUGCCUGGAUGAGGGCAUUACAGCUGCAAAUCAACUUUCAAACAAUAAAUUUGCGGAUUCAAAUGGCGUAAAUGCUAAACAAAAGACUGAGGGUGCUGUCAAAAAGUUCGCAGAGAACCUCGAGAUGACUUUGGAUGACUCCAAGAAUAGCAAUGACAUUAAUGACACAAGGUCAGCAAGAUUGAAUUCUUUGUCAAAGGAAGUAAACCAUAACAAAGUAGUACCUACAUCACCUCAGCAAAAUGUAAUACCAGCAGAGACUAACCAGGUUGGUUUGAAUCAUCAUGAAAAUGGAACCAACAAAACAAAUAGGUUACAUGAAAAGGGUGUAAAUGAUGUUGAGAAGCUGAGUAAAUGGAGGAAGCAUAGGUUCUGUUGCUUUGGCUUGUAUUCAGGGUAG